UGGCGGACAUUGAGAUGGAGGAAGACCAUCCCAGGUUAAUUUUACAUAAUUUCCUCACAGAAGAUGAAUGCAAGGAAUUGGAGUUCAUACACAAGAGCUGUAGUACGAUUGGAUACAGGCCAAACGUAUUUUCAACGACGCUUUCUCAUCUCAUAGCCACUAAUUCUGCUCAUCUAAUCAUCCCUUUUCUUCCCAUCAGAGAUAGGUUGAAAGAGAAGGUAGAGGAGACCUUUGGUUGUGAAUAUGAGCUUGUUACGGAGUUUACUGGCCUCAUUAGUUGGAGCAGAGGAGCAAGCAUAGGUUGGCAUAGUGAUGAUAACAGGCCUUAUCUCAAGCAACGUGAUUUUACGGCAGUCUGUUAUUUGAAUAGUUACGGAAAGGAUUUCGAAGGUGGACUGUUUCAUUUCCAAGACGGGGAACUGAAAACAAUUGCACCUAUGGUCGGAGAUGCUGUCAUUUAUACAGCUGACGGCCGCAAUACACAUUCCGUUGAUGAGGUAACUAGCGGAGAACGGCUGACACUUACUUUAUGGUUCAGCCGUGAUAGUUCCCAUGACGAGGAUGCUAAACUUAUUUUGCUACUUGAAGAAAACGUAUUACUCAAGUCUAACAAUGUGCCAUGGUCAUUGCUACCUUUGCCAGCAUCAGAUAAUAUGUAUUGGUUUUCUCCUCAUCAAGCUUCUAAUCAGGACAUCGGAUUCGAUAUUCGUUUGGGAAGAUUACAUGCUCUUGGAUUUGAUGUAUAUUAUUCUCGAGACAUGAACUUCGGCUCAGAUUUAUCCGAACUCCUCAUGGAACCAAUGCAAUUAGCAAGGCGAGAUCAGUUGCUUGACCAUAAAUUUGUCAAUGUUCUGCAUUCACUUCAGGUGGCGCAAUUUUAUUUUUGGGAAGGAUGCAAAUCUCAAGCUUUCACAAACGAGGUUCAAUCAGGCAACACGGUUCGACUAUCACGAUCACAAUCAGAGAAGAUUACUCAGGUGAAUUCCGUUUUUCUGAAGGAUACUAAACUGGUUGAAACAGUUUUUCAAAGUGCGGGUCAAGGUUAUUUCAAUUUAGCCACUUUUUCUGCUGCAAUCACUGAAUGGGAGGAUUAUUCAUGUAAGUUACAUAAAGAAAUUUUAUUGAGCUUGCCUCAAUGGAGAGCUCAUCAAGCUAUUUAUAGUGUAAAAUUUGAUGUGUAGAAUCUAUGGUGAUCUUGUGAUGCACAUCUUAGGUUAUUAGCUAUUUUGGAUUGUUAGAUUUUAUAGCCCAAAACUGUUUCUGCUUUGUGAUCAAAUCAACUAAAUCAGAUCGGUUUUGUUGGUUAAAUCGGUUUAAACCAA